AUGUUGGACAUCAACGACUUUAUCGCCGAGCGCGGCGGCGACGUGAAGAAGAUCAAGGAGAGUCAGCGUAGACGCCAUGCUCCCGAAGAGGUCGUCGACGAGGUUAUUGCCAUGUUUGAGGACCACAGNAAAAUGUGGAUCAAGACCGAGAUCAACGCACUGCAGAAAGAGAUUGGACAGAUCAAGAAGGCCAAGGGCAACGCCGACGAUUUGCUCAAGAAAAAGGACGAGCUGCAGGCCCGUCACAAGCAGCAGGAGGAGACGACCAAGGACAUGCACGCUGCUCUGCUGAAAAAGGCAAAGUCAAUUGGCAACUACGUCCACGACUCUGUGCCCAUCAGCGACAACGAGGACAACAACCAAUUGAUCCGUGACUGGACCCCUGAGGGCGUCGAGGUCGCCAAGAAGGACUGCCUGUCCCACCACGAGGUGCUCACCCGUCUGGACGGCUACGACCCCGAGCGCGGUGUCAAGGUCGCUGGCCACAGAGGCUACUGCUUGACCGGCUACGGUCUCUUCCUCAACCUUGCUCUCAUCAACUAUGGUCUCGAGUUUCUGUUCAACAAGGGCUACAAGCCCAACAUGCCUCCUUUCUUCAUGAACCGCGAGGCUAUGGCAAAGACUGCCCAGCUCGAGCAGUUCGACGAGGAAUUGUACAAGGUCACCGAGGAUGGCUCCAAGGAUACCGACAAGUACCUGAUCGCAACCUCUGAGCAGCCCCUGUCCGCUCUCCACGAGGCCGAGUGGCUACAAGACAAGGACCUGCCCAUCAAGUACGCUGGCUACAGCACUUGCUUCAGAAAGGAGGCCGGUUCUCACGGCAAGGACGCCUGGGGUAUCUUCCGCGUCCACCAGUUCGAGAAGGUAAUCGGAUUCAUCUGCAACUCUGCUGUCAUGCUCAGACUAACUUUACCUCUANNGAUCGAACAAUUCAUUUUCUGCAAGCCCGAAGAAUCAUGGGAGCACUUCGACCGCAUGAUCGAUACCUCCGAAGAGUUCUACAAGUCCCUCGGCCUUCCCUACCGCGUCGUCGCCAUUGUUUCUGGUGCUCUCAACAACGCCGCCUCGAAGAAGUAUGAUCUCGAGGCUUGGUUCCCCUUCCAGGGCGAGUACAAGGAGCUCGUUUCAUGCUCCAACUGUCUCGACUACCAGACCCGCGAGCUCGAGAUCCGUUAUGGCCAGAAGAAGCAGACCGACUCGAGCUACCAAAAGUCUUAUGUCCACGCCCUUAACUCUACCCUCUGUGCUACCGAGAGAGCUUUGUGCUGUGUCCUCGAGAACUACCAGACCGAGGAUGGCAUCAACGUUCCCAAGGUCUUGCAGAAGUAUAUUCCCGGCCAGCCCGAGUUCCUUCCCUUCACCAAGGAGCUUCCCAAGGACUCCACCAGCUUGAAGGCCAAAGGUGAGGCAAAGACCAAGGGAGGUGCUGCUCCUAAGCUUCCUGCUACCGGAGAACUGGCCGACCGCACCAAGAAAUAA